GAUCGGUUGAGUUUUUAUCACAUUUACUUGGUCAACAUGGGAGUCGACGAUGGCGAUGCCGCGGAUGGCGCCGCGACGACAACGCACGUCCUGGACAUCCAAAGCGACUGGCAAACAACAGCGGAUGACUCCUUCUGGGUGAGCUCGUCAGAUCGUGUCGUUCUGUUGAACCCCGAUCCGAUUGCUGGCGCCGAUGUCGUGCUCUAUUCAGCCUCCCCGACCGUGAUACAUUCAGUGCACAAGACCAACCGAGGAAUCGCAUCGUCACCGUACCACAUUACCGGCCAGUCUCGCUAUGGGUUAACGAUUGCUUCGGAGUUGUACUCGACGACAUUUUACACGCCCCAUGCGCAGACGUCGAUGCAAACUCAGUUGUACGCCGUGUCCACGAGCCCGAAUGGCGCGUUUGUCGGAGUCGGGGGUGCCGAUGGUCUCUUCCACCUCACCCAAAUCCCGACUCACACGAGCCUGCACCUUGCUGGUCAUGUCGCGGACGUCACGCACGUCGCGUUCUUUCCGAGUUCACUGGUGGCCCUCACCGGAAGUACCGACUUUUCGCUUCGUAUAUGGUCUCUCCAGUCGUUUAAGUGCGGCGCUGUACUGCGCGGACACCGCGGCGCCAUUUGUGGCAUUGGAAUCCUCGGCCGCGGCCGCAACGUCGUGUCGUGCGCGCACGAUCGCUUGGUCAAGCUGUGGCACUGCGGAACGAGCUACAGCUUUCGCGAUUGGGCGCUGUCGUCCACGCCGCGGUGCCUGAACGUCACUAGUGCGCUGCCACGAGAACCACACGAUCUCGUUGAACCGUUGGGAAUCGAGCCCAAUAACAUGGAAUUCGAAACCAGUUCGACGUGGCUGGUGGUAGGAACCGACGCGGGAUGCACGGUCCUCGAUGCGCGGGCGCCUACUCCUGUACGACCUGAGUGUUUCAUCCAUCCUAGGACUUCCCCUGACUGAUAUAGGUCACACUUCUCCCGCAUUCCGCGGCAGUGACGUCGUGCGCAACAAAGUCGCUAGAUUCCGCGACUCUCUUGAUCACCGGGACGGAGCACGGCGUGGUGUCAUCUUACGAUAUGCGAUAUGAAAAGUAUGCUGGCCAUGCUGCACCGAUUCCAGGGCAACUGAUUUCGUUUGUGUAGACGUCCUUUGUGCAUGGUAUCCCGCAGCGGCGCGGACGUGCGAUCGAUUCAGUGGGCGGACAAGUCGAUGGACGUGUGGGUGGCGACGGCCGACGGAAGCUGCACGAGAUGGAGUGGCUUGGUGUCCGAUGGACGCUCACCACAAGUGACGGGGGAACUAGUUGGACCGACUUACGACGCAGUCAAUGGCGUCAGCGUCUCGGUAGGAGGCACUCUCUCGACAGUGUCCAGGGACGGCAUCCUGCGAUCGUACGAUAUCGCGGCGGCGACGAGAUCACAGCCAAACGCGGCAUGAAUUGGUGCUUACAUGGUCUCAGCUGGCCACCACGGCCCAUGUUGGAGAGCUUGCUGAGGGUUGUUCCGUCGGGCUCGAAGCAACUCGCCCAAACAAUGCAUUUUGUAUAGUAUUACUAUAGAGUAGGUCUAAUAUGACUUGUAACAUUUUCCAA